UCUAGGAGGAGCCGCGCAGCCCGGAGGAGAGUGACACGCACCAACUCCAACUCCGCGCCGGGAAACGCUUCAUCGCCGCUCCUCGGCAUGCGUGGCCCGGACGGCGCCCGGCGCCCUCGCAGCGAGCCCCGAGCCGGCGGCGCCGAACUCCCGCUUCCCGUCGCUCCCGCAGCCCAGGCCCCAGGGGCGGCGGGCCAGGCCCGGCGUGACCCCUGGUGAACCGCGGCCGCCGUUUCCCACCCCUCCCGUCCCAGCCUCCCUUCCCGUUUCACCCCGCCCCCUCCCUCUCCCCGAGCCUGACAGCCCGGGAGCUGCCAAGCUGGGCGCAGCCAUGGGAAGAGGAGGCGGUCUAGGGAGCGGCGGCCGUGGCGGCGGAGGCUGCUGCAGCGGCGGCGGCGGCUGCUGAGCCCGGGCGCGGCGGGGGACCCCGGGCUGCGGCGGCCACGCGGGCCCGAGGCCCCCGCGCCCUCGGCCGCAGCGCAGAUGCGAACCCGCGCUCUCAAUCCGGAGGCAAGGCUCGAAGGUCCUCCAGGCAUGGGUCUCUGGAAGCUGCUGUUGACCUUGGCAGUGGCGGGCUCAAGCAAUGCUUUUCCUGGGAGUGAAGCCAUACCUGCUCUCCUUGACAGAGCGCCCCCGAGUCCGAGUCUGCAAAGAGUGCAUCCGGGCCCAGGGACAAAUUCUUCUGGAAAGCCUCAACUCACCAAGUGCCGUUCACCCGAACUAGAGACUUUUUCGUGCCACUGGACAGAUGGGGGCCAUCGAGGCUUCGAGAGCCCAGGACUCACGCAGCUGUUCUACAUUAGAAGGUGCGGCCCCUGCCUUUCUGGUCUUUAUCUCCUGGACCUUCUGGCUGAGAUGGACCCCGUGGCGUCGACCUCCGUCCCAGUGUACUCGCUGCGCCUGGACAAAGAGUACGAAGUGCGCGUGCGGUCCCGGCAGCGGAACUCCGACAAGUACGGCGAGUUCAGCGAGGUGCUCUGCGUCACACUGCCCCAGACCGGCCCACUGCCGUGUGAGGAAGAUUUCCAGUUCCCAUGGUUCCUUCUCAUCUUCUUUGGAUUGUUCGGGCUAGCAGUGAUACUAGUUUUAUUCCUGUUUUCUAAACAGCAAAGGAUUAAGAUGCUGAUUCUGCCUCCGGUUCCUGUUCCAAAGAUUAAAGGAAUUGAUCCAGGUCUCUUCAAGGACGGAAAACUAGAAGAGGUGAACACAAUCCUAGCCGUUCAUGACAACUAUAAACCCGCAUUCUACAAUGACGACUCUUGGGUUGAGUUCAUUGAGCUGGAUAUCGAUGACCUUGACGAAAAGACGGAAGGGUCGGACACAGACAGACUUCUGAGCGACGACCGUCGGAAGUCCCUUCACAUCCUUGGGGCGAAGGAUGACGACUCUGGACGUACCAGCUGUUACGACCCUGACAUCCUGGAGGCCGACUUUGAUGCUGGUGACAUGGCUGAUGGUCCCUCUGAGGUUGCGAAGCCGCAGAGGUUAAAAGGGGAAGCAGAUCUCUUGUGCCUUGACCUGAAGAAUCAAAACAACCCACCUUCCAGCGACGCUCCCCCUGCUACUCAGGAGCCCAGUGUCACCCCGGCCGAGGAAAACAAGCUCAGACCACUUCUUGUCGGCGACACCGAGUCGACUCACCCAGCUGCCCACGCUCAGCUGAGCAACCCGAGCUCACAGGCCAACAUUGACUUCUACGCCCAGGUCAGCGACGUCACACCAGCAGGGAGUGUGGUCCUCUCCCCGGGCCAAAAGAAUAAGGCAGGGAUACCCCAGUGCGACACGCAGCCGGAAGCGGUCUCGUUCUGCCAAGCCAACUUCAUCACGGACAACGCCUACUUCUGCGAGGCAGAUGCCAAGAAGUGCGUGGCGGCCGCCCCGCCCGUGGAGGUGGGUGUGCGCGCGGAGCCCAGCUUUAACCAGGAAGACAUUUACAUCACCACGGAAAGCCUUACCACUACUGCUGGCAGGUCUGGGGCCUCCGAGCCGGCCCCCAGCUCUGAGACGCCCGUCCCAGACUAUACCUCCAUUCACAUAGUCCAGUCUCCGCGGGGCCUCCUGCUCAACGCCAUGGCCUUGCCCUUGCCCGACAAAGAGUUCCUCUCCUCCUGCGGCUAUGUGAGCACAGACCAACUGAACAAAAUCAUGCCGUAGCCUUUCUUGGGUUCCCCGUGAGCUACAUAUUUAAUGGCAAAAGGAGUGGGGCUGGGGCCUGAAUGCUUAAACCAAAACAAUGUUUAACCCUUUGGGGGAUGGGGGAGGGCGGGGGUGAGUCUGGAUUCUAAAUGCCUUUUCCUGAAAUGUUGAAACACGAUGUUAAAAAAUAAUAAUGAGAACACUUAAUCAGAUAGAUAUUCCUGUUGUGAAUUGUAAAUAUUUUAAAGAAUUGUCUCAAAGAUUGUUUAGUGGCAGUGAUCGUCUCGUUAUCGUGGGUGUUCAUUUUGUGAUGCUAUGCAUUCAAUGGCUGUGUUUUUAAUGUAGAGUAAAUCAUGCUUUUUGAAAAAGCGAACAAUCAGGUGGCUUUUGCAUUUCGGGAAAAUCGAAUGCACAAUAUAGCACAGGCUAAUUUUUUUUUUUAUGUGAUCGGGAGCUGAGAAUAUACGUAUGAAGACAAAAAAAUAGUUUGGAUAUGUAAAAUUUAUUUUGGCAUAAAACUGAUGAAGAUAUUUUUAAUAUUCACACUUCAAGCAUGGCUGUUUUAUAUCACACAACCCACUGUGUGCCGAAGGGCGUGUGGACCCGUGUGGAGAACGUAUGAGCAGCCGUCUGCCGCGGGCGGAGGGCUCCGGUCAGCGCACCUCAAGAAAACAAAUAGACAAGUUAGUUUUUUACAAAGCCCUUUUUAUACCCCUCCCCCCGAACUCCUUAAACACUUCUAAAAUGAUUGUAGUCACCCAAACGAUCAGAACAGGCUCGUCUUAGCUGAAUUUUUUAAACCAGCCUUUGUUCAUUUAGGAAGCUUUCAAAAUGUUUGCACAGACCCACGUAUCAUGAACCAGAAAGGAAACACACGGCAGAACCCUUUGUUUCCCCCAAGUUCAAGGUGCGGGCCAGAGCACCACGUCCUAAGAGAAGCGGCAGUCACAGCCGCUUCUCGGUUCACGUCGGUGAGGAUGCUGCAGGAGAGCCGCGGCGCAGGGGGCGCAGGGGGCGGUGCUCAGUGCGCACCCAGAGCCCCCGCCGCAGGGUCCGGGCAGAGGCAGCCGGGCGGGCGUUCUCCCGGUGGCGUUACCUAGGGAGGGAGCGAGGUUCAGGAAGCACUGUGUAAGUCGAAGCAGGUCCUAAUGAAACUGAGCAGAUGACGAUGGAGUGAAGAGUGCGAGAAACGGGUUUUGUGUCACGGCGUAGGGCCAGACGCGUUCUCAGGAUGUACGGUGAUGAGACACAGGAGAGACGAGAUUCUAACCCCCCCCCCAGAUAGCUCCAAGUUGACUCAAACCAACAGCAGAAAACUCCCUUCCGCACCCAGCCUUGUAUAGGAUUUAUUUCAAAUAACGAAAGAAGAUAUUACAUCAUUUUUCUUUUCCCCCUCGGGUGCACUGGCCUCAAAGCAGGUACUCAGAAGAAAACCAAGGGGCCUGAGCCAUUUAUGAAUUGUUGCUCGAUCCCUUAAUAAUCUAAACAUCGAGCUUCGGUGCAUUGGGACAGCUCCCCAAGAGUUUUUAUCAAAAGGAGAAGAAUCUUAUCUCAGUGAAGAAGGCUUCUCACAUUAAGUAUUUUUUUUAAGGUGAAUAAAACUUUCAAGUUAGCUUUAAGUUGAGUAGUAUUUGCCAUUUAGCGUAGGCCUUUUUAGGAAGUAAGCCUCAUGGUUGGUAAUUUUAAGUUCCCUCUUUCUCGCAAGGACCGGGAAAAGCUCGAAUUGGGGUGUUGAAAGUGCAGCGUGUUCCUUUGUAAUAAUAGAUGUUCCGUAGACUUCCCGCUACUUUGCUGCUAUGGUUUUUCUCUCCGAGCUACAUAAUUUAGUUUCAUAUAAAAAUCCCAUCGCUGUAGAACCUAAUUCAACUGAAAACUGUGUGUUUGGGACAACUAUCUUACUGUUUCACACUAGGCUGACAACGUUUCUCUCGCCAAAAAUAGCUAAAUACCUCAACCAGUCUCAGAAUGUCAUUUUGGUACUUUGCUGGCCACACAAGCCAUUAUUCACUAGUAUGACUAGUUGUGUCCUGCAGUUUAUAUAUUUAACUUUCUUUAUGUCUGUGGAUUUUUUUUCCUUUAAAGUUUAAUAAAUUUAUUUUCUUGGA